CGAAAAAUUAAGUUGGUAUAAGCUACGUAUAAACAUAUUUAAUUAAUUAAUUAUUUCGACUCCGUCUACUUCCCCUUGACUUUUAGUGGGACUCCAUUUAAGCAAAGAUCUCGACGCUUUCAUCACCUCAAGCAAGAAGAGCUCCAUUUCCAAGUAAGUUAAGAUGUAUGAUCCUAUUUUCGCCAAGAGCUUCAGCCGCUUAGAUCGCCAACGAUUCGGAUGCUUCGCUCUCGUCCUCGCUCUCUUCAUCGCGCUAAGCAUUUCCUCCGCAUUCAAGCCUACUUUGCAUCCCUUGACACUUAUUGGCGAUGCUGUCAAUUUGCAGCUCUCGAUCAGUGCUGUGGAAACCAUGCUCAUAGAUGAUGCCAUUAUCGACAAUAUCACUGCUCAAACAGGAGAAGAUAGUGCUAAGAGCAUGCUCGUGAUCAACGAAACAGCCAAAAUCGAGCCGUUGAAUUUGCAAAGCAUGUUUGUAACGAACGAGUCAGUGACGGAACUAGCUAGAGAAUGGCGGAAUGUGGAGCCGUUGUGCAGAGUUUUAAAAUCACAUGCAGAUUACUGCGAGAUCCAAGGAGACGUAAGAGUCGACGCGAAUUCAUCGACGGUUUUCCUGGUGAAGCCGCGUUCGUAUCAAAUUUUGGAUACGAACGCCGUUUCUGAUUGGAUCAUAGAGCCUUAUCCAAGGAGAGGAACUGGAUUUGUUAAAAAAUGGACGGUUAAAUUAGCGGCGGAAGACGACGCCUCCGUUCCGAAAUGCGACCGGCUUCACUCUCUCCCUGCAUUGCUCUUCUCAAUCGGAGGAUUCACCGGAAAUCACUUCCACGAUUUCGCCGAUUUACUAGUUCCACUGUUUACGACGUCGUUCCGAUUCAAACGAAACGUGCAUUUUCUCGCCACCGACUACAAGCCGUGGUGGCCGGCGAAGUUCCGCCCCCUCCUCCGCCGCCUCACCGGAAGCGAAAUCCUCGACAUCGACAACGAAAACAUCACAAAUUGCUACGGGAGACUAAUCGCCGGCCUCAAAUUCGACAGCGAGCUCGUGGUGGCGGCUGAUUCCACUUCUUCCUCCGGCGCGAGCAUGCAUAAAUUCCGGCAGCUCCUCCGGCAAACUUACUCUCUGAACAGAGAAAAAGCGAUCCGCGGCGGAGUGCGGCCUCGCCUGAUGAUCGUGUCGAGGAAGAGGACACGAAUUCUGACGAACGAGGAUCGGAUCUCGCGAGCGGCGGCGAAGCUAGGGUUCGAGGUGGUCUCCGCCGAGGGCGACCACUCGACAAAUCUGACGGAAUUCGCGCAGCUGGUGAACUCGUGCGACGUGAUGGUGGGGGUGCACGGCGCGGGGCUGACGAACAUGGUUUUCCUGCCGGAGAAGGCGGUGCUGGUACAGAUUGUGCCGUUGGGCGCCAUUGACGCGUUCGCGAAGCUCGAUUUUGGGGAUCCGGCGGCGGGGAUGGGGAUUAGGUAUCUGGAUUACAAAAUUGGGUUGAAGGAGAGCUCUCUGAUUCUGCGAUAUGCGGCGGAUCAUCCGGUGAUUAGAGAUCCGAUUUCGAUACACAGGAAGGGCUGGGGUGAGCUCAGAGACGUUUACUUGAAUAAUCAGAAUGUCACCAUUGAUGUACGGACGUUUAGAGCUACUUUGGCUAAGGCGCUUAAGCUCUUGCGUCGUUGAUCCGUUCGUUCAUCUUUGUUUUCUUUUUUAUAGGUUUUGCAUUUCGUGUAAGUAUGUGUUCUUGAUCAUGCAAAUGUUGCGGGAAUUCAUUUUUAAUAGUAAAAAUUGCCAAAUAAAUAAUGAAAGAAGAUCGAAUUCG